CAUGCUUGCCUUUGUGGCUGCUGCGAGGAAGGGUUAGAAAAAUAUUGAGUGGAUCGACUAGGUUGAGUUCUUGUUUUAUUCUGUUUUUGCAAGGCGAAACAAUGGCGGAGCCCUUAUGCAAAAUCCAGAAGGUGGAAAAGGAGCAUCAAAAUGGCAGUUCUGCUGAUUUGAACGGCAGCUCGGAGACACUGCUGCGCGUAAAGAAGCUAUCUAGCAAUGCUAUUUUGCCGAGCAGGGGCUCUCCUUUGGCCGCCGGUUAUGACCUUUCUAGUGUUACUGCCUGUGUGGUUCCGGCACGCGGGAAGGCUAUGGUGCCAACUGACUUGUCCAUUGCCAUACCAGAGGGAACCUAUGCACGAAUUGCUCCUCGGUCUGGGCUGGCUUGGAAGCAUUCUAUAGAUGUUGGUGCUGGGGUUAUUGAUGCAGAUUACCGUGGGCCAGUUGCUGUGAUCCUCUUCAAUCAUUCAGAUCAGGACUUUCAGGUUAAUGCCGGUGAUCGAAUUGCUCAGUUAAUAAUCGAGAAGAUUCUAACCCCAGAGGUUGUUGAGGUGGAUGAUUUGGAUUAUACAUCUCGAGGCAAAGGUGGCUUUGGAUCAACAGGUGUCUAAAUGUGGGCUUUCUCUUUUUUUCUCCACUAGCAUUUUAAUGUACUGAAAUUUUGAAAAUGCCUUCAUUUAGAAGAAUGCAGAGAAACAGAAGGCAACAAUUUUGGUGAACAGAAUGACCUUUUGCAUUGUAAUUGGGAACUGGAGUCGUUUCCUCCUGUUGGCCUGAAUGGCGCAUCUACUAAAUAUAAUAGAAGCUCGUUCAUACAA